UGAGCUUCUCCUCGCUGUCCACUCACUGGUGGCUCUUGCAGAAGCAGCUUCAGUAAUUGUCACGUUUAGUAAGAUCAGAUGGCAGAGGGUGGAGUUAAUGAUUGGAUUGACGAAAGGACACAAGUGUGUUUACCUGCUUCUAGCUGUGGUGUACAGCAUUCCUGAGCCAUAGAGGAGCUGUAUGGAUGCAAAGAAGAUGCAAUCCAGGAAACGAUGCUUUGAAUGGUCUCUUUGAGAAGAAAGCUGUCUCAGUGUUCUAAGGAUAGAAUUUUUUUUUCUUCUUUCAUGUUUCUCUACAAGGUGCUCUUUCACUGAGGCUACUCGGUAAUCAGUGUGUAUUUGUUGAUGCAAUUGCCUUUAUGUGAUCGGAUUUCAGCAACCUAAUCCUCUUGUCUGUAAAAGGGGCAGAGUCCUCACAAAGAAGACUUCCAUUUAGUGAGGGCACUCUUGCGAUUAAUAUGAUGCCCUUGCCUGCAGGCUGUUAUUAGGAUGAGGGGUGCUGCUUUGGAUGCUCAGCUUGGGAUAUCAAUAACCUGGUCUUUGGAGGGAGAUAACUGCAUCAUCUUCACCAGAAAACACACUGGGAUACAUUCUGAAGCUCUGGACCAAUGUCCCAUAUCCAGACACAGUGACACCAGUUUUUUAAACUAACUUGUCCUUUCUACUAUGACAUAACAGGGGAUAUGUGCUACUAACACAGGAGUAUUUUGAGCUAAAGCAGAUUUAUUGCAAACAAAAAAGAUCUGCCCCAAGUAAAGUGUGACAGAAAAUGUUACUAAGACUCUGGAACUUCAUAGCUUUUGUCAUAGUAUUAACUAGUUACUUUGAAUGUGGUUCGUCACAAAAUGAAGAUGAUUGUAAACUUGCAAGAGGUGGUGUACCAGCAACCAUAGUUGCAAUUGACGAAGAAAGCAGAAACGGGACAAUUAUUGUGGACAACAUGCAAAUCAAAGGGACAGCAGGAGGUACAAAUCCUACUAUUGAAAUUUCUCUGAAAGAUAAUGUUGAUUACUGGGUGAUUCUGGAUCCAAAAACACAGACGUUGUAUCUCAAUAGUACAGGACGUGUUCUGGACAGAGAUCCACCAUUGUCCAUACAGUCUAUCGUUGUCCAAGUUCAGUGCAUAAAUAAAAAUGUUGGUAGUAUCAUUAACCAUGAAGUGCGCAUAGUAGUAAGAGACAAAAAUGACAAUCCACCCCGUUUCCAGAACCAAAGCUACUACACUGCUGUGAAUGAGAUGACACCAGUUGGAACAACAAUUUUUACUGGAUUCUCGGUGCUUGGGGCCAUCGAUAUUGAUGAUGGACCAAAUGGCCAGAUUGAAUAUCUUAUACAAUACAAUCCCAAUGAUACUGCAUCCAACCAGACCUUUGACAUACCCCUCACACUAUCUGGAGCUGUAGUCUUGCGUCGCAGAUUGAACUAUGAAGAAAAAACUCGCUAUUUUGUCAUUGUCCAAGCAAAUGACCGUGCCCCUAAUCCUAAUGAGAGAAAAACAAGUACAACAACUCUAAUAGUCGAUGUUCUUGAUGGGGAUGAUCUUGGACCAAUGUUUCUGCCUUGCACACUUGUGAGCAAUACUCGUGACUGUCGUCCUCUUACAUACACAGCAAGCUUGCCAGAACUCAGUAGUCCAGCAAAGGUAAAUCCAAUCAAUGUCACACCACCUAUUCAAGCUGUAGACCAAGAUCGGAAUAUUCAACCUGUUUCUGACCGUCCUGGCAUCAUCUACACCAUUUUAGUUGGUACUCCUGAGGAUUUUGCUGAAUAUUUUUUUAUAAACAGAACUACAGCAGUUCUCACACUUUUGAAGCCAGUAAACCGAGAUUUGCACCAGAAAUUUGAUCUGGUCGUUAAGGCAGAACAAGACAACGGUCACCCACUUCCAGCCUUUGCUAAUCUUCAUAUUGAUAUUCUAGAUGAAAACAAUCAGGCUCCCUACUUUACUUUUACCACAUACCAAGGCUUCAUACUAGAGUCGUCACCUGUUGGAACCACUAUAUCUGAAAAUCAGAAUUUGUCAGUUCCAUUACCAAUAAUAGCCCUGGAUAAUGACAUUGAAGAGUCAAAGGAUCCACAACUCUAUGUAUAUUUGACUGACUACAGCUCAGUUUUUUCGGUGACACAGUCUGGAAUAACCCGCUACCUCACUUUACUUCAGCCCGUUGACCGAGAACGCCAGCAAAUUUAUAAAUUAUCAAUCGUAGCUUCAGAUGGAAAUCAAGAAAGUUCCCCUGUCACAGUGAACAUUCUAGUGAUUGAUGCAAAUGACAACACGCCAACAUUUUCCAAUGUGUCUUACAGUGUAAAGAUUUUCACUGACAUGACAUCUGCAGACAGCAUUAUCAAACUCACAGCGGUUGAUGCAGAUGAGGGAGUCAACGGACAGAUCACCUAUGAAAUAUUAGCGGGGGCCCAAGGGCAGUUUGUGAUUAAUAGUAGAACUGGUGUCAUCACAAUUACUCCUGGAGUCACUCUGAUGGUUGGGGAAUCUUAUACCUUAACUGUAAAGGCUUAUGACAAUGCACCUCUAGCUCAGAGAAGGAGUUCUAUUACUACAGUUUACAUUGAAGUUCUCCCACCAAACAACCAAAGCCCUCCACGUUUUGCGCAACUGAUGUAUAACCUUGAAAUUAGUGAAGCUAUGAGAAUUGGAGCAGUCCUUUUGAACCUGCAGGCAACAGAUAGAGAAGGAGAUCCAAUAACAUAUUUAAUUCAAAAUGGAGAUCCCCAAAGAGUUUUUAAUCUUUCUGUAAGUUUUGGACUUUUAAUCUUGGCAAAACCAUUGGACAGGGAGAGUACAGAUCGUUAUAUUUUAAUAGUAACUGCAUCUGAUGGAAGACCAGAUGGGACCUCAACUGCUACUGUUAAUGUACAGGUAACGGAUGUGAAUGACAAUGACCCCGUGUUUGAUCUCUACUUGCCACGAAAUCUUUCAGUCCAAGAGGAAGAAGUAAAUGCUUUUGUGGGUCAAGUUAGGGCAACAGAUCCUGAUGCUGGAGUCAAUGGUCAGGUUCGUUACAGCCUGGUAAAUUUGAACAAUAUAUUCCGCAUAACAUCUAAUGGCAGUAUCUAUACAUCUGUAAAGCUGGACAGAGAAACAAGGGACAAUUAUGAACUUGUGGUUGAAGCAGCAGAUGGAGCAGUAGAUCAACGACGUUCCACAAUAACAUUGACCAUUAAAGUUCUAGACAUUGAUGACAACAGCCCCGUAUUUUCCAAUGCAUCAUACUCUGUAUCUGUGCCAGAAAAUAUUAUGCCUGGGACAAUUUUUUUACGUGUACAGGCAAAAGAUGUUGAUCUUGGUGCUAAUAUUUCUUAUCGGAUAAGAUCCCAGGAAGUUCUGCAGCUUUUUGCAAUAAACCCUUCAACAGGAGAAUUAUCUCUUCUGAAAGCCCUCGAUUAUGAGUCAUUUACUGGCAUGGAAGCCGCGUACACAUUUCUCAUUGAGGCCUUUGACAUCACAGGAACUAUGCCUCCAGGACUUGCUACUGUAACAGUAAGAGUAAAGGAUAUGAAUGAUUACUCGCCUGUUUUUAACAAAGAUAUCUACUGGGGAAUGGUUGCACCGGAUGCUGUUAAGGGCACAGUUAUAGCUACAGUUGCAGCUGAAGAUCAUGAUCCUCCAGGAACACCGGCUAGUAGAGUACGAUAUAAAGUAGAUGUGGAACAAUUUCCAUACAGCGCCAGUAUAUUUGAUGUUGAAGAAAAUACAGGUCGUGUUAUAACGAGGGUGAAUCUUAAUGAAGAGCCCAGCACAAUAUUUAAGCUGAAUGUGAUUGCGUAUGAUGAUGGUGAUCCUGUAAAAUCCAACAGCACUAGAGUUAUAAUAACAGUUUUGCAACCAUCUGCAAUUCCAAUCUUUACACAAGAAGAAUACAGGCCCUCUCCUGUGAGUGAAGCUGCUCCAUUUGGGACUGCCGUGACUGUUGUAACUGCUGCUGCAUUGAACCAGACUAUAGUAUAUUCAAUUGUCUCAGGGAAUGAUCAAGGUAUGUUUGCCAUUGAUAACAUCACAGGGGUUAUCUCUGUCGUAAGACCACUGGACUAUGAAAAUACUACAAGCUAUCAGCUAAGGAUCCAAGCCGAUUCUAUGCAAGUGGUUAGAUUUAAUCUACGAGCUGCUUCUAAAAGUAACACGGCUGUGGUGUUCAUUGAAAUACAGGAUGAAAAUGACCAUGCACCAGUUUUUUCCAAAAAAACAUAUCUCGGAGGAGUAUCAGAAGAUGCCAGGAUGUUUGCAUCAGUGCUCAAAGUCAAGACUACAGAUAGAGAUACCGGUAAUUACAGCACUAAUAGUUACAAACUGGUUGUACCUCAAAUCAGCAACAGUAAAGAAGGCUUUGUUAUUGAAGUUUACAGCGGAAUUAUCAAAACUGCUAUGCUGUUCAAAAACAUGAGAAGAUCGUAUUUUAAAUUUGAAGUGAUAGCGACGGAUGAUUACGGUAAAGGUUUAAGCAGCAAGGCAGACGUUGUUGUUUCAGUGGUCAAUCAGUUGGAUAUGCAAGUUAUUGUAUCAAACGUUCCCCCUACAGUUAUCGAAGAAAAUAUAGAUGACCUUAUAAGUAUUCUAGAGCGUUAUGUCCAGGAUCAGAUACCUGGAGCUGCUGUGGUAGUGGAAUCAAUUGGUGCUCGAAGGUAUGGAGAUGGAUUUUCAGAAGAGGAUUACACUCAAAGUGACCUUAUGAUUUAUGCAGUGGAUCCUCAAACGAACAGGGCAAUAUCCCGAAAUGAACUUUUUAAGUUUUUGGAUGGUAAAGUGCUCGACAUUAACAAACAAUUCCAGGAUUAUAUUGGUCAAGGUGGACGUAUUCUGGAAAUCCGCACCCCUGAUGUUGUAGCCAAUGUGAAGAAGCAAGCUCAGGCUGUAGGGUACACGGAGGGGGCCCUACUUGCCCUGGCCAUUAUUAUUAUUCUUUGCUGCAUACCUGCUAUUUUAAUUGUGAUGGUCAGCUACAGGCAGAGGCAAGCAGAGUGCGCAAAGACAGCACGAAUCCAGAUGGCAAUGCCAGCAGGCAAACCAUCAACUCCCGCUGCCAAUAAUCUGUAUGAAGAGCUAGGUGACAGCACCAUGAGAGGAUAUGCACAUCAGGAGCAACAACAAUUGCUGCGACCCUCUCUUCUCAAACCUGAGGAACUGUCAAUGGAGUCUGGGAUUGAUCCUGGUCAAGAAUAUUAUGGACAAGACUAUUACAGCUAUGAACAUGGAUAUGAAUUGCCACAAUACGGAAGUCGGCGGCGAUUAUUGUCACCUUCUGGAAUGUAUGAAGACUAUGGAGAAGUAGUUGUGGAGAAUGAUGGCAGUUAUUAUUACAGUCCACAUGGACCUACGGCAGAAGGAGAUGUAAGUUUAAAGCAUGUAGCUCGUGGCAGAGGUGUUCCCAGGAGAGGUAGAGGACAGGGACCAGGUUUGCCAAUGGGCAGAGGAAUUCCAGGGAGACCUGGACCAUCCAGAGGUAGCAUACAGAGUGUAGGUAGAGCUAGUCAAGGAAGGAAAAAAUUGAGAGCAGUUAUGCAACUAAGUCGAGUAGCAGUCAGUGCUCAAAAGCCUUCUGAAGCUGGAGAUGUGGCGCACCGGUCACCAUGGAAAAAGGCAAGAAUUUUCCCAAUGUUACUUCAUAAGGUUAAAGGCACUGGAAAAGACUCUGCUUAUGCCAAACUUGUAUCUGCGCGUCAAAUUGAAGGUGAUGAUAGCAUGGUUAUUAAAGGAAGUUAUUUCCAGAAAUCUGGUGAAAAAUCCACUGUAACAAGAAAGCUUGAUCGUGCUCUCAAACGUCUUAGUGUGACUAGAAGACUACAAGAACGACGACAAUCACAGAGUUCUUCUACCAAAACAUCUGUGGUCGAGAGUGAAAAAGAUGAAGACUCUGAAGUAAGUGAAUCUGAGGUAGAAAGUAAAUCUGGAAUCUCAAUUAGUGUAACAGCAGAAAGUGAGUCAGAAGAAAGUGAAGGUUCAGAUGAAGAGAAAGACAUGGAGAGUGCAUCAAAACAGUCAGACGAGUCAUCUGUAAAGAGUAGUGUUCCUCCAUCUCAAGCAGAUGAUAAAGAUUAUCUGAAAGUAACAUUAGAUCAGGAUGACGCAAAUGAAAGUACUGUAGACUCUGAUGAAGAAAGGGAUGAUAUAGAUGAAUCAGAUGAUGAAACUCAACUAUCUUCUAAAUCGGUAGGCAGUAAAGAUGAAGAUUCAGCAGAGGAAGAUUCUAAAGACGAGUCAAAAUCAGAAAGGGCUUAUUCAGAAAAAUCUAGCUUCCAAGAUGAAAUAACACCAUCUGAAGCUGAGGAGUCACAAUCGAGAACAUCUACAAAAAGUUCAGAGGUGAAAUCUGAAAGCAGCAAACCAGUUACUGAGAGUUCCAGUGUUCGAAGUGAUAAAAGUGAUGAAGUUAGUAGGGAACCAUCUGAAACAAGUGCAAAAAGUAGUUCAAAAUCAAGUUCUAGGUCAAAAACAUCAUUGCCUGAGAGUGAAAUGCAAAGUGCAAUAGAAGAAGAAUCAGAAGAGGAAUUACAUUCAGGUUCAGAGGAGGAUAUUGAAGAACAGGAGAGUGCAAGCAAAGCAAGUGAUGUUGCUAGUCAUGAGGACACAGAUGAAGACAACAGAAGUGAAGCAUCUGUGUCUCAAACCUCAGUUAUUAGUAAGAUAAGUCAAAGUAUAGCAAGUCGGGAAGCAGAUAGCCAAAGUAAUACAGAAAGUAAUGAUCAAGAUGAAGAGGUUGAUGCCAUCAGUCAAGGAGAAUCUUCAGUCAGUAUGAAAAGUGGGAACACAGCAGCAAGUCAGGAGGACGAUUCUGUAUCACAGGCGUCUAUGCAUUCUGAAAUACAGAACUCCAGUGAAAAUAAAAGCCUUAGUAAAAAGUUAUCAUCUGACCAGUCGGAUUCUCCUGAUACUGAAACCUGGGUCUCCCCUCUGUCAAUUACUAACAAAAAGCGAAUUAAAUUGGUGGUGGACCGGGAAUAUGAAACAAGUUCUACCGGAGAAGAGAGUGUGUCUGAGUCCCAAAGAAACCGUUUCAACCUUCCCAACAUUCAAAACAACGUUAAUGGGAAUAUUUACAUAGCCCAAAAUGGGUCUGUGGUUAGAACCCGGCGCUCUUGCCUUACGAAUAAUUUAAAAAUAUCCCCACCAUCAAGGCUUGGGAAGCACUUUAAGAAACUUGACAAACUUGGAGUGACACAUGAAGAAAACAUCCAACUCAACACACUGUCAAAAGGGGCCUCUAUCAAACUUAAUACAAUACCAUCGAGCAUAUCCUUGGCCUCCAAUAAUGCAGUAGGCAAAAAUAUAGCACCUACAUCAGGGGACAAUAAAUUAAGAAGCACAGAUGAUCAAGAGUCAACAGUGGAUAAUGAAGAUAUCAAAGAGCCAUUAGAAUUUCACAGUGACCAGACACAAUCAGACGAAGAAGAACUAUGGAUGGGGCCGUGGAACAAUCUUCACAUACCAAUGACAAAACUAUAACUUUUUUAUACUCUAAGUUUGUAAUAGACUGCACUUUCUAUAAUCACAAUUGAAUGAAAAAAAAACAUUUCUUGUACACAUAAAAUAAG